AUUCGGAAGGUAUAAACUGAGCUGCAGGCACUAAUACGACUUCAAAACAAAUCAGACACUGAACAAGACGCAUCUCUUAAUAAAGUGGUGGUUUCUGGACUUCUUUAGGCUGCCGGUGGUACCAAAGGACGCUGGGGAAGCUACAAAAGCAAAGGAGGAAAGAAAAAGGAAGGACGAAGUAGGAAAGAUGAAGAAAUCCUGGCUAAGGAAGAUUUUUCCUAUAGGUGAUGUGAGGCCGACAAAAACUCACACUGUGAGUUUGGAGAUGAAACUCCUCUGCAGGAGUUCGAAAGUGGAAAAGACAGGAGUGCAGGAGGAGAGCCAGGCAGUGGUGGAGGAGGAAGAGAGCCAGGCAGUGGUGGAAGAGGAAGGGAGCCAGGCAAUGGUGGAGGAGUGCAAGGAAAUGAAGGAGAAGUGCAAGGCAAUAGUGGAGGAGAGCAAGGCAAUGGUGGAGGAGAGCAAGGCAAUGGUGGAGGCGAGCAAGGCAAUGGUGGAGGAGAGCAAGGCAAUGGAGGAGGAGGAAGAGAGCCAGGCAAUGGUGGAAGAGUGCAAGGAAAUGAAGGAGAAGUGCAAGGCGAUGGUGGAGGAGAGCAAGGCGAUGGUGGAGGAGAGCAAGGCAAUGGAGGAGGAGGAAGAGAGCCAGGCAAUGGUGGAAGAGUGCAAGGAAAUGAAGGAGAAGUGCAAGGCGAUGGUGGAGGAGAGCAAGGCGAUGGUGGAGGAGAGCAAGGCGAUGGUGGAGGCGAGCAAGGCAAUGGUGGAGGAGGAAGAGAGCCAGGCAGUGGUGGAGGAGGAAGGGAGCCAGGCAAUGAUGGAGGAGGAAGGGAGCCAGGCAAUGGUGGAGGAGUGCAAGGAAAUGAAGGAGAAGUGCAAGGCAAUAGUGGAGGAGAGCAAGGCAAUGGUGGAGGAGAGGAGUCCAAGGGAUUGGUGGAGGAGUGCAAGGGAUUGGUGGAGGAGUGCAAGGGAUUGGUGGAGGAGUGCAAGGGAUUGGUGGAGGAGUGCAAGGGAUUGGUGGAGGAGUACAAGCUGUCCAGAAAACUUGAGGAGAACUACCCUAAAAUGGCCGAAUUGAAAGGGUCAUGGAUGUUCAUACAGGAUUUGGAAGAUGAGGAAGAAGAGGGUAAAAAUAACAGAGAAGACAUGCCUGAAGAGAUCAAGAGUGAGGAUGAAGAUGUCAUCAAGGCAGAAAGACAUACCAACAACAUGAACAUUACUGUAGGCAAGUUCUGCCAGUGGCUGACAGGACAGGAUCAUAUCCCACUAAGUCAUUCAGAUAGGGAAGGUUUCAGAAUUGUCAUAGAAUUUUACCAUGACUGCCAGGUGCAUUAUGGGACACAUCACAGCAUAUGCUAUCCUGUAGUUAAUGCAUAUUCAUGCUCAGUCACAUUCCCAAUAACACACCUGAGUACAUACAUAGAAUUCAAAAAUAUUAUCUCACAGGCGAUUGUCCAUGGCUAUGAAUUUGGCCGCUGUUAGGAACUGAAUGUUCCGGCUCACUUUUUGUCUUAUUGGUCAGGUCUAUUCUAAAGACAUUACACUUGACAAGUACAAAGAUUUACGAAUGAAGCUGAAAUUGAUUGCAAAGUUAGAGCAUAAUAUUAAGUACAGGAUGUACGAUGUCAUAAACAAAACCUUGGAGUUUUUAGUAGCACUUUAUUAUGGUUAAGCAGUAUAUACAGUUUCAAUGCAUUUUCAGUAAUUUUUCUGUUGUUUUUCAUGUACACUUUUUCUGUAAGGAUUCUGAAGCAUUUUGAGGAUUUCAGUCUAUCAGAAUAAUUGUGCCAUGAAAUAAAAAUGUAAAACAAAGGAUGUGUACAAUAAUUCAAACAGGACAACAUGUUCAAAGACAGAAGUUAACAGACUUCGUCUGAUAAGACAAAAUUCCUUAGCGUGUGAAUGAGUUAAAGAGAUGACCUGAACGGAGCAGUGUGUGUUUGUGAGGAGUCCAAUGGGAGUGAACUGAGCAGGUUUUUAAGUUUGUGCCUGCAGUCGUUUUAUAUGCUCAUAGCAAACAGUGUAUAGCUGUUCAGAUUAGAUGAUCAGUUUAGAUGAUCGGUUGUCAUUUUCCUCACAUAUCGCCAGUCUUUCUCGCUCUUGUCGGUUUCUCCUCUUUAACAUCAGGAGGAUACGUCCAUUUCUUUCCACUCAGGCUACCCAGAUACUCGUCCAGUCCCUCGACAUCUCACGCCUUGAGUACUGCAACUCGCUUCU